AUGGUUCGAGGAUUCACAAGUCCGCUGAGCGGCAAGCCAGGUAUUGGCAUGAUUCUUGCCAUUUGUGCCACCUUCCUUGCCAUUGUGGGCUGGCUCACUGCGUUCAUCAGUCAGUGCACAGCGGAGUCGAACAGCUAUCUCCACCGUGGUGACCGCCAUGUCUGGUUCACCAUCUGGGUUGAGCUUUUCCUGAUCGUGGCCAUUCCCCUUUUCCUUUUUAUGGGCAUGAAGCGCCUGUUUUUGUCCAUCUUUGCCUUCCUGAUCAUCGGUACGGCCAUGUCUGUUCUGGGUGCCGACGUUGGCCUCUACGCAGACGAGGGUAGCCUUGAGGGUAUGGGAGCUGGCUACUUGAUUCUCGCUUUUGCUAAUAUCUUGUCUCUCAUCUACUUCAGCGCUUUCUACGAGGGUGCCUUCACCGGUCUGGAAGAGAAGGGCGUCUCGUUCAACAACGGCGUCGGCAGCUCGUCCGGCGCGGGUGGUGUCAUUGGCACCUUCUCGGGCAGCGGCCUGCGCAACCGCUUUAGCAUGGGUAAGGUCAACCCGCUCAAGCGCACCUCGGCUGGUGUGCAGAACCCUUCUUCCGGCAACUUUGGUUUGAACUCAGGUGCUGGUAUCAGCUCGGGUAUCUCGUCGGGUGUCGGCGCCAGCAGUGGUGUCGCAGGCACUACUGGCUCGGGUAUCAACCCUGCCCAGUCAAACAUCGGCAACAUGGCCUCGCCAUCGGAUCGCUUUGGCUACGAUGGCGCGCCUGAUGAAGUGGCCAUUGGUGUUGGCGCCGGUGAGGGUGCGACGGGUGUUCCCGCCGGCGUGGACGCUGGCAUGCGUGCUCCUGAAGCGACGACGGCGCCCGACAUGUCCACUGGCUCGGCUGUGCCACCGGCGGCCCAGGAUGCGAUGGGCACGUCAAGCUACCCGCCUGUGUACCCUACGGGCGGCUCGAACAACCUGGCUCCUCCGAUCAUAGGCUCGACCAUGGGCUCUGUCCCUGGCGCGGUGCCGGAGGCGACGAACGUGCAGAUGGACUCGGGUAUGCCGACAAUCCAGCGCGCUGAGGCUCUAUACACUUACAAGGCGAGCGAGGAUGACCCUACGGAAAUAUCAUUCACCAAGGGUGAUAUUCUGCAGAUCGUCGACAGCUCCGGCAAGUGGUGGCAAGCGCAGCGCCCGAAUGGCGAGCUGGGCAUUGUACCGAGUAACUACCUCCGCAUGCUGUAA